AUGGCAGGUAAGCGCAUCAAAACAUGCCUGACAUCGUUGGUCAUCGAGGAAACGCAGAUCAAAACCACGGCGAGAUACAGCUUCACGUCCCCUCGGCCGGCCGGCAUCGAGCAGUGCUGGAGAGGACGUGAAGGAGUAGGAGCCUCCAGCACCACGGGUGGGAACGUCAGCUGUGCCCCAUGGCUGGCCGCGCCUGUCCGGGCCCAGCCAGAGACCCUCACAGCCCCCGAGGCCUGGGCUGCCGGGGACCCCUGCCCUGUCUUCACAGGCGCCAAAGAGAAAAAUGAAAUGAAGCGUGAUACACAUGUCCUCAUGAUGCUCUCCUUCAAGUCUGUGUUCAAGGUCACCUCCAUUGCCCCCUCAUAUGUCCUCAUGAUGCUCUCCUUCAAGUCUGUGUUCAAGGUCACCUCCAUUGCCCCCUCAUGUCAGAACUGCGGAGGCUUAGUCCAGGGUCCCAACGGCACCAUUGAGAGCCCGGGGUUCCCGCACGGUUAUCCCAACUACGCCAACUGCACGUGGAUCAUCGUCACGGGAGAACGCAAUCGGAUCCAGCUGUCCUUCCACACCUUCGCCCUCGAAGAAGAUUUCGACAUUCUCUCGGUGUACGACGGACAGCUGCAGCAGGGCAAUCUGAAAGUGAGGUUGUCGGGGUUUCAGCUGCCUUCCUCCGUCGUCAGCACGGGAUCCGUCCUCACGCUGUGGUUCACAACCGACUUCGCCGUCAGCGCCCAAGGAUUUAAAGCCCUGUACGAAGUCCUACCUAGCCACACGUGUGGAAACCCUGGGGAAAUACUGAAAGGUGUGCUCCACGGGACGAGAUUCAACAUAGGAGACAAAAUCCGGUACAGCUGUCUGUCUGGCUACGUCUUGGAAGGUCACGCGACCCUGACCUGCAUCGUCAGCCCUGGGAACGGAGCAUCCUGGGACUUCCCCGCCCCGUUCUGCAGAGCCGAGGGAGCCUGCGGCGGAACCCUGCGGGGCACGAGCAGCACCAUUUCCAGCCCUCACUUUCCCUCGGAGUACGAGAACAACGCGGACUGCACGUGGACCAUCCUCGCCGAGCCCGGGGACACCAUCGCGUUAGUCUUCACCGACUUUCAGCUGGAGGAGGGCUACGACUUCCUGGAGAUCAGCGGCACGGAGGCGCCGUCCAUUUGGCUGACUGGCAUGAACCUCCCCUCUCCCGUCAUCAGCAGCAAGAACUGGCUGCGGCUCCAUUUCACGUCGGACAGUAACCAUCGACGCAAAGGAUUUAACGCUCAGUUUCAAGUGCAGCAAGCGAUCCAGGACGAGGCAGUCAGCGUCCUCACCAGAGGCUGCCUCCGUCGACCGGAGCUCAUGCCCUUCAUCAAGGCUGAGCAGAUGGCCACGCUGGAUGUCACCAGCAUGAGUAGGGCUCCUGGGUUCGUGCGGAUGAGGGGGCGUGGUACCAGCAACGGAUCCCAUGUGAGCCAAGGAGGUGUCGCCUUGGUCUCUGACAUGUGUCCAGACCCUGGGACUCCGGAGAACGGCAGACGAGCAGGAGCCGACUUCAGGGUUGGUGCAAACGUGCAGUUCUCCUGCGAGGACAAUUACGUGCUCCAGGGAUCCAAAAGCAUAACCUGUCAGAGAGUCACGGGGACACUGGCUGCGUGGAGCGACCAUCGGCCGAUUUGCCGAGCUCGGACGUGUGGAUCGAAUCUGCGCGGGCCCAGCGGCACCAUCACCUCCCCGAACUACCCGGUUCAGUACGAGGACAACGCGCACUGCGUGUGGGUCAUCACCACCUCGGACCCCGACAAGGUCAUCAAGCUCGCCUUCGAGGAGUUCGAGCUGGAGCGCGGCUACGACACCCUCACGGUGGGCGACGCCGGGAAGGUGGGCGACGCCAGGACGGUCCUGUACGUACUCACCGGCUCCAGCGUCCCCGACCUCAUCGUGAGCAUGAGCAACCAGAUGUGGCUGCAUCUCCAGUCCGACGACAGCAUCGCGUCCCCGGGAUUCAAAGCCGUUUACCAAGAGAUUGACAAGGGGGGGUGCGGGGACCCGGGCGUGCCGGCCUACGGGAGGCGCACGGGGAGCCGCUUCCUCCACGGGGACACGCUGACCUUCGCGUGCCAGGCGGCCUUCGAGCUGGUGGGCGAGCGGGCCAUCACGUGCCAGCAGAACAACCAGUGGUCAGGCAACAAGCCGAGCUGCGUGUUCUCGUGCCUCUUCAACUUCACCGCGUCGUCGGGCAUCAUCCUGUCGCCCAACUACCCCGAGGAGUACGGCAACAACAUGAACUGCGUGUGGCUGGUCAUCGCCGCGCCGGGCAGCAGGGUGCACCUCAUCUUCCACGACUUCGACGUGGAGCCGCAGUUCGACUUCCUGGCCGUCAAGGACGACGGGGCGUCCGAGGUCACCGUCCUCGGCACCUUCUCCGGCAACGAGGUGCCCGCGCAGCUGGCCAGCAGCGGCCACGUGGUGCGCCUGGAGUUCCAGUCCGACCACUCGACCACCGGCCGCGGCUUCAACAUCACCUACACCACAUUUGGUCAAAACGAGUGCCAUGACCCUGGUGUCCCCAUCAAUGGACGGCGCUUUGGCGACAGGUUUCUGCUUGGGAGUUCGGUUUCCUUCCACUGUGACGACGGCUUUGUCAAAACCCAGGGCUCAGAGUCCAUCACCUGCAUACUGCAGGACGGGAAUGUCGUCUGGAGCGCCACCGUCCCCCGCUGCGAAGCCCCGUGCGGCGGUCACCUGACGGCUGCCAGCGGCGUCAUUCUGCCUCCCGGGUGGCCAGGAUACUAUAAAGAUUCCUUAAACUGCGAGUGGAUAAUUGAAGCGAAACCUGGGCACUCGAUCAAAAUCACUUUCGAUAGGUUCCAGACCGAGGUCAACUACGACACCCUGGAGGUGCGGGACGGGCCGGCCGCCUCGUCGCAGCUCAUCGGCGAGUUCCACGGCUCGCAGGCGCCGCACUUCCUGGUCAGCACCGGCCCCUUCCUGUCCCUGCGCUUCACCACGGACAGCAGCCGCGCCAGCGUGGGCUUCCUCAUCCGCUACGAGAGUGUGACUCUGGAGUCAGACUCCUGUCUGGACCCGGGGGUCCCCAUGAACGGCCAUCGGCACGGCAGCGAUUUCGGCAUCAGGUCGACAGUGACUUUCAGCUGCGACCCCGGGUACACGCUGAGUGACGACGAGCCGCUCGUGUGCGAGGGGAGCCACCAGUGGAACCACGCGCUGCCCAGCUGUGACGCCCUGUGCGGCGGCUACGUGAGCGGCACCGUCCUUGCUCCUGGGUUCCCGGAUUUCUACCCGAACUCUCUCAACUGCACCUGGACCAUCGAGGUGUCCCACGGGAAGGGGGUUCAGAUGAUCUUCCACACCUUUCACCUGGAGAGCUCUCACGACUACCUGCUGGUCACGGAGGACGGGAGCUUUGCGGAGCCGGUGGCCCGGCUCACGGGCUCCGUGCUGCCGCACGCCGUGAAGGCCGGCCUGUUCGGGAACUUCACUGCCCAGCUGCGUUUCAUCUCGGACUUCUCCAUUUCCUACGAGGGCUUCAACAUCACCUUCUCAGAGUACGCCCUGGAGCCCUGUGACGACCCCGGCGUCCCCGCCUUCAGCCGCAGGUUCGGCUUCCGCUUCGGAGUGGGGGACACGCUGACGUUCACCUGCUUCCCGGGGUAUCGUCUAGAAGGUGCCGCCAAGCUGACGUGCCUGGGUGGGGGCCGCCGUGUGUGGAGUGCACCUCUGCCAAGGUGUGUGGCUGAAUGUGGAGCGCGUGUCGAAGGAAGCGAAGGGACAUUACUAUCGCCGAACUUCCCAUCGAAUUACGACAAUAACCACGAGUGUAUCUACAAGAUACAAACGGAGCCCGGCCAGGGGGUCCAGCUACGCGCGCGGAGCUUCCAGCUGUGCGAAGGGGACACGCUAAAGGUAUACGAUGGAAAAGAUGCUUCAUCACGUCCCCUGGGGACCUUCACGAAAAGCGACCUCCUGGGCCUCACCCUAAACAGCACCUCUAACCACCUGUGGCUGGAGUUCAACACCAACGGGUCUGACACCGACCGCGGGUUCCAGCUCACCUACACCAGUUUCGACCUGGUGAGAUGCGAGGACCCCGGCACGCCCAGCUACGGCUACCGGGUCCGGGACGAGGGCCACUUCGCGGGCACCACGGUGCAGUACAGCUGCAGCCCCGCCGAGUGCGGCGGCCGGAUCCACGCGGCCGGCUCGGGACGCCUCCUGUCGCCCGGCUACCCCGCCCCCUACGACAACAACCUGCACUGCACCUGGGUGGUGGAGGCGGACCCUGGCAGGACCAUCAGCACCUUCCGCUCGCUCACGCUGCAGUUCGACAGCGACUUCUUCAUCAGCAAGUCCGGCUUCUCCAUCCAGUUCUCCACGUCCGUCGCGUCCACCUGCAACGACCCGGGAAUGCCUCAGAACGGCUCCCGCUAUGGCGACAGCAGGGAGCCCGGAGACGCUGUCACCUUCCAGUGCGACCCUGGCUAUCAGCUCCAAGGACAGGCCAAAAUCACGUGUGUGCAGCUGGACAGCCGCUUCUUCUGGCAGCCGGACCCCCCGACGUGCAUAGCUGCGUGCGGCGGGAACCUGACUGGCCCAGCUGGUGUGAUUUUGUCACCCAACUACCCACAGCCAUAUCCUCCCGGAAAAGAAUGCGACUGGAGGAUCCAAGUGAACCCGGAUUUCGUCGUCGCCUUGAAAUUCAAAAGCUUCAACAUGGAGCCCAGCUACGACUUCCUGCACGUGUACGAGGGCGACAGCUCCAACAGCCCGCUCAUCGGCAGCUUCCAGGGCGCCCAGGCCCCGGACAGGAUCGAGAGCAGCGGGAACAGCCUCUUUCUGGCGUUUCGGAGCGACGCCUCCGUGGGCUUGUCCGGCUUCGCCAUCGAGUUUAAAGAGAAGCCACGGGAAGCAUGUUUCGACCCUGGGAAUGUGAUGAACGGGACGAGGGUUGGGGUCGACUUCAAGCUCGGCUCCACGGUCACCUACCAGUGCGACUCCGGGUACGAGGCCGAGGACCCCGCGUCCAUCACGUGUGUCAUCGGAGCGGAUGGGAAGCCAGCCUGGGACCGCGCCCUGCCCUCCUGCCACGCUCCCUGCGGAGGCCAGUACACGGGAUCGGAAGGGGUGGUGCUGUCCCCAAACUACCCUCACAACUACACAGCCGGUCAGACAUGCCUCUAUUCCGUGACGGUGCCCAAGGAAUUCGUGGUUUUUGGGCAGUUCGCCUAUUUUCAGACGGCACUGAACGACUCAGCGGAACUGUUUGACGGGGCACACCCAGAGGCCAGGCUCCUGAGCUCGCUGUCCGGGUCACAUUCAGGGGAAACGCUGCCUUUGGCGACGUCGAAUCAAAUUCUGCUCAGAUUCAGCGCGAAGAGUGGGGGGUCGGCCCGCGGCUUCCACUUCAUGUACCAAGCCGUUCCCCGCACCAGCGACACGCAGUGCAGCUCCGUCCCCGAGCCCAGGUACGGGAGGAGGAUCGGCUCCGAGUUCUCGGCGGGCUCGAUCGUCCGGUUCGAGUGCAACGCGGGGUACCUGCUCCAGGGCUCCGCGGCCGUCCGCUGCCAGGCGGUGCCCAGCGCUCUGGCCCAGUGGAAUGACACCGUCCCCAGCUGCGUAGUCCCCUGCAGUGGCAACUUCACUCAGCGCAGAGGCACGCUCCUGUCGCCGGGCUAUCCCGAGCCCUACGGCAACAACCUGAACUGCCUGUGGAGGAUCGCGGUGACCGAGGGGUCGGGAAUUCAGAUUCAGGUCAUCAGCUUCGCCACGGAGCAGAACUGGGACUCCCUGGAGAUCUACGACGGGGGAGACGUGACCGCGCCCAGACUGGGGAGCUUCUCAGGGACCACCGUGCCAGCACUGCUGAACAGCACGUACAACAAGCUCUGCCUGCAUUUCCAGUCGGACAUCAGCGUGUCCGCCAGCGGCUUCCACCUGGAGUACAAAACGGUGGGGCUGUCGGCGUGCCAGGAGCCCGCCCUCCCCAGCCACGGCAUCAGGACGGGCGACCGGUACCUGGCCAACGACGUGCUGUCCUUCCAGUGCGAGGCCGGCUACACGCUGCAGGGCCGAGCCCACAUCUCCUGCAUGCCGGGGACCGUGCGCCGNNCCCACAGGCCACCACCCCACUGCAGGUCGACCUGCGGAGGGACGCUGGCCAGCAUGGGGGGCGUGAUCCUGAGCCCGGGGUUCCCGGGGGCGUACCCCAACAACCUGGACUGCGUCUGGAGGAUCACGCUGCCCGUCGGGUACGGCGUGCACAUUCAGUUUCUGAACUUUUCCACGGAAGCGAACCACGACUACCUGGAGAUUCAGAACGGCCCCUCGGCCGGCAGCCCCCUGAUCGGGCAGUUCAGCGGCUCGGACCUGCCCUCGGCGCUGCUCAGCACCACACACGAGACGCUCGUCCGCUUCUACAGCGACCACUCGGAGAACCGGCCGGGGUUCAAGCUCACGUACCAAGCCUAUGAACUGCAGAACUGCCCGGACCCUCCCCCUUUCCAGAACGGCUACAUGAUCAACUCAGAUUACAGUGUGGGACAGUCGGUUUCCUUCGAGUGCUAUCCUGGGUACGUUCUGAUCGGCCACCCGGUCCUCACCUGUCAGCAUGGGAUCAACAGAAACUGGAACUAUCCUUUCCCAAGAUGCGACGACGCCUCUCCCCGCAGGGACGGGCCGGACCAGAGCGCCCCGCAGCUCGGCGUCUUCAGUGGGAACACGGCCCUGGAGACCGCGUACAGCUCCAGCAGCCGCGUCCUGCUCAAGUUCCACAGCGACUUUUCCAACGGCGGCUUCUUCGUCCUCAACUUCCACGCAUUUCAGCUCAAGAGAUGUCAGCCUCCCCCGACAGUGCUGCGGGCCGAGAUGCUCGCCGAGGAUGAGGACUACGAAAUAGGAGAUUUCGUGAGGUACCAGUGCCACCUGGGCUACACCCUGUCCGGGGCAGACACGCUGACCUGCCGGCUCAGCUCCCAGCUGCAGUUCGAAGGCACCGUCCCCACGUGCGAAGGUCCCUCUGGCCAGAGCCCCCUCCUGGCGGUCUUGAGCGGGAACCACUCGGAACCCUCCAACUUCACCAGCACGAGCAACCGGCUGUUCCUGCGCUGGUCCACCGAUCACGCGACCAGUAAAAAGGGCUUCCAGAUCCGCUACGCAGCUCCUUACUGCAGCUUGCCCCACGCCCUGAGGAACGGCGGCGUCUUAAACCGGACCACGGGCGCGCUCGGGAGCAAGGUGCACUACUUCUGCAAGCCCGGGCACCGCAUGAUCGGCCCCAGCAACGCCACCUGCAGGCGGAGCCCCACGGGCAUGUUCCAGUGGGACGCGCCCCCACCGCUGUGCCAGGCGGUGUCCUGUGGCAUCCCGGAGGCGCCGGGGAAUGGCUCGUUCUCGGGGACCGAGUUCACGCUGGAUAGCAAGGUGACAUACGAAUGCGACGAGGGCUUCGAGCUUGAGGCCGCUCAGCAAGCCGCGGCCGUGUGUCAGCAAGACGGCUCCUGGAGCAACGGCGGGAGGCCGCCCGCCUGCAAGCCGGUGACCUGCCCUGGCAUCGAAGCCCAGCUCUCAGAACACGUCACCUGGAGGCUGGUGUCAGGGUCCCCCAGCGAGUAUGGAGCUCAGGUGCUGCUGAGCUGCAGCCCUGGGUAUUACCUGGAGGGCGGACGGCUCGUGCAGUGCCAGGCAAACGGGACGUGGAGCAUCGGAGAGGAGAGGCCACGGUGCAGAGUCAUCUCGUGUGGAAGCCUGUCCUUCCCCCCGAACGGGAACAAGAUUGGGACGCUGACGACGUACGGGGCCACGGCCAUAUUCACGUGUAACACGGGCUACACGCUCGUGGGGUCCCACGUCAGAGAGUGCCUCGCGAACGGGCUCUGGAGCGGUGCCGAGACGCGGUGUCUGGCUGGCCACUGCGGCUCCCCGGACCCCGUCGUGAACGGCCACAUCAGCGGAGACGGCUUCAGCUACCGGGACACGGUGGUGUACCAGUGCAACCCCGGCUUCCGGCUCGUCGGAACCUCCGUGCGCAUCUGCCUGCAGGACCACAAGUGGUCCGGACAGACGCCAGUGUGCGUGGCCAUCACGUGCGGCCACCCCGGGAAUCCCGCCCACGGGCUCACGAGCGGCACCGCGUUCAACCUCAACGACGUGGUGAACUUCACGUGCAGCAGCGGCUACGUGCUGCAGGGCGCGGCGCGCGCCCAGUGUCGGAGCAGCGGCCAGUGGAGCAGCCCUGUGCCCACCUGCCGAGUGGUCAACUGCACGGACCCGGGCUUCGUGGACAAUGCCGUCCGCCACGGGCAGCCGAGCCCCGCUGAGAGCUUCGUGUACGGGACGAGCGUCAUGUACCACUGCGAGGAGGGCUUCUACCCGCUGGGCUCGUCCGCCCUCAGCUGCACGGCCACCGGCCUGUGGGACCGCUCCCUGCCCCGGUGCCUGGCCAUAUCCUGCGGGCACCCGGGGGUCCCCGCCAACGCCGUCCUCAUUGGGGAACUGUUCACGUACGGGGCCACGGUCCGCUACGCGUGCAGAGGGACCCAGACCCUCGUAGGCAACAGCACCAGAGUUUGCCAAGGGGACAGUCGCUGGAGCGGGACCCUGCCACACUGCACAGGACACAGCCCCGGAUUCUGCGGAGACCCAGGGACACCAGCGCACGGGUCUCGGCUCGGAGACGAGUUUAAGACCAAGAGCCUCCUCCGCUUCUCCUGCGAGGUGGGGUACCAGCUCCGGGGCUCCCCCGAGCGCACCUGCCUGCUCAACGGCUCGUGGUCGGGGCUGCAGCCGGCGUGUGAAGCCGUGUCCUGCGGGAACCCGGGCACGCCCGCCCACGGCAUGAUCGUCAGCAGCGACGGCGUCCUGUUCUCCAGCUCGGUCAUCUACGCCUGCUGGGACGGCUACAGGACCUCGGGGCUGACGACGCGGCACUGCACGGCCAACGGGACGUGGACCGGCUCGGCUCCCGACUGCACGAUUAUAAGCUGUGGGGACCCAGGCACGCUGGCCAACGGCGUCCAGUUUGGGGCAGAUUUCACCUUCAACAAGACUGUGAGCUACCAGUGCAACCCCGGCUACGUCAUGGAGCCGGCCACGUCGCCCACCAUCCGCUGCACCAAGGACGGCACGUGGAACCACAGCAAGCCCGCCUGCAGAGCUGUCCUGUGCGGCCCGCCCCCUCCCGUGCAGAACGGACAGGUGGAGGGGACAGACUUCCGCUGGGGGUCCAGCGUCAGCUACAGCUGCGCGGCCGGCUACCAGCUCUCCCACUCGGCCAUCCUGUCCUGCGAGGGCCGUGGGGUAUGGAGGGGCGACGCGCCCCAGUGCCUGGCUGUGUUCUGCGGGGACCCAGGCACGCCCGCCGAGGGCCAUCUCAGUGGCAAAAGCUUCACGUACCGGUCCGAAGUCUCCUUCCAGUGCAAAGUUCCCUUCAUCCUGGUGGGGUCGUCGAGGAGGACCUGCCAGGCGGACGGCACGUGGAGCGGCGUGCAGCCCACCUGCAUCGACCCUGCUCAUAACAGCUGCCCAGACCCCGGCACCCCGCCCUUCGGGAUGCAGGACAGCUCGAGAGGAUACGAGCACCGUUGGCUGAAACGUCACUCGGGCAGAGCAAGACACUUCCGUCCGGGGCACCCGCUGCCCCAGGAUGUCAGUCACGCGUUUCAAGUGGCCGGCUCUGCCUCCUGCCGGCAGGUCCCAGAGGCUCCGGCCCACGCCUGCAGACAGCCGGAAACGCCAGCCCACACGGACGUGCGCGCGAUCGACCUGCCUGCCUUCGGCUACACCUUGGUGUACACCUGCCAUCCGGGGUUCUUCCUGGCAGGUGGAUCUGAGCACAGGACGUGCAAAGCAGAUAUGAAGUGGACAGGAAAACCCCCUGUCUGUAAAAGUAAAGGAGUGAGAGAAGUUAAUGAAACAGUUACUAAAACUCCAGUUCCCGCAGAUGUGUUUUUCGUCAACUCGGUGUGGAAGGGGUAUUACGAGUAUUUAGGGAAAAGACAGCCCGCAACUCUAACCGUCGACUGGUUCAACGCCACGAGCAGCAAGGUGAACGCGACCUUCGCCGAGGGCCCUCGGGUGCAGCUGAAGUUGACAGGCGUGUACAGGAGGGAGGAGGCGCACCUGCUCCUGAAGGCUUUCCAGAUCAGAGGCUCCGUGGACGUUUUCGUCAGCAAGUUCGAAAACGACAACUGGGGGCUCGACGGCUACGUCUCCUCAGGACUCGGGCAGGGAGGGCUCACUUUCCACGGCAACGUGCACGGCCGAGACUUCGGGAGGUUCAAGCUGGAGAGGCAAGAGCCCUCGCGCCCCGGCCGCGACCCCGCACAGCAGCACCAGGGCACGAGCAGCGGCUCCGUCGCGGCCGCCAUCCUGGUCCCGUUCUUCGCCCUGAUCCUGGCGGGGUUCGUGUUCCACCUCUACAAGCACAGGACGAGGCCGAAGGUCCAGUACAACGGCUACGCCGGGCACGAGAGCAGCAACGGGCAGGCGUCGUUCGAGAAUCCCAUGUACGACACGAGCCUGAAGCCCACGGAGGCCAAGGCCGUGCGUUUCGACACGGCGCUGAACACGGUCUGCACGGUGGUGUAG